GAGCUUGUGGGAGCGCAGCACAGAUUCCGUCUGACGGAGAAGCACGGAGAGGGAAACGGGCGAGAAACAUGAGCUGAAAUCGCCCUUGUGAAGGUUUCCAUCUUGAAGGACUUAAAAAAAAAUCUCCCCGAGUUUAAAGAAGGACGAGAAAAGAAGGAUAAAAAGAGUGAUAGAGGAAUAAAGAGCGGAGGAAGACGGAAGAAGAGGCGCGUCAGGGAGCGAUCAAAGGCGUCUGACAGCAAGCUCAGGAACUUCUGUGGAUCUGUUUCUUUACUCCGACACGACUCAAGCUGGGGUUCAGUACAGUCCAGUCUGUGAUCUAACUGUAGGGAGAUUACCUCUGAGGCGGACUUCCUCCUGGAUCGGGUAAACAGAGGACCGGAGUUUGGGAGUACAAUGCAGGCCGGUGUGGUCCCUCAGGCCGGGGAAGCUCUCUGUGUUUAACCCAGAUACUGGAUCUACACCUGGACUCACAGACAGGGAGAGGGGCUGUGCACCUGUUGGCUCUGUCACUGUGAUCCUGCUGCUCACCUGUGAGUGUGGAUUUAUCCUGCUAGAGGAACUUUCUGUGGAGUGUGAACCUGUGUGAUCACAGGUGUGUCAGUGUUCCUGAGCAGUGUAUGGGGGAUUACAGUGUAGUCUGGCUGUUUAAAGGGGCUCCUUUUCACCCUGGCAGAGGCCAGCCACCUCCUGCUGUGGGCGGGUGAAGGGGAGCUGAGUCUGCGUGGAUCUCCGGCUGCUCAGUGACAUUGCCAGUGGAGGGCCUGUGUGUGUGUGUUUGUGUGUGUCACUGGAUUAAUCUGAGUGAUAACAUCACUCCACACUGCCCUGUCCACUGAAGAGUCCCCAGAAAGCACCAGUAAUUGGAGCUAUUUUUAGCAUAAGGGAUGGGGUAAAAGCAGGCAGCUGGAAACCCAACUCCCCUCCACCUCCUUCUCUUCCUCCCCCCUCGGUCACUCGCUCAGCCCACCUGGCAGCAUGCUGGGUGAGCCUGGUUAGCACAGACUGGACUUGCACCUGUUUAAAGUGUGAGACAACAAACAUUGGAUUCUUCUCUGGGAAGCUUUGGAUCUGAGUAAGCUGGGAGUACUAGCUGUACUGUGUCUACUGGUUCAGGCUGCACUGGAAACACACCCCUGUCCUGGAUAUAAGAUGUCUGAAGAGCUACUAGUCGAGUUAAACUUUCCCUGGACUAAGUGAAACUGUAAUAAUAAGUAGAGUGCCACUAGUUAACAUAUCGUGUUAGUGAAGGUUUAAUUUACUGGUUUAGUGUUACCCACCAGCGAUCUGGAGCGUCUCCAGCACAGAAAGAAUGCAUGAAACUGCCAACGAGAGAAGAAGAAGAAGAAGAAGCUAAAACCUGAUUAACCAAAUAUUCUUUAAGCCCCGUUUCCUCGACCCCCAGAGAACCAGAAUAUAUAUGUAGAGAUCUAUAUCUAUAGUGUAACUCCACAGAAAGCAGAGAUUACAUCUUUAUAUUUUUACAACAGAGAGACGAGCUGCCUGUACACCGCUCGGUUGCCUUAGAAACCACAGUCACAAAACAAAACAAGCCAGAGAAGUCGGUGCCUUUUGAUUGGUCGGUUUGGUUUCCCACCAUUUCAAGAUUCAUUGAUUGAGUUGGAUGUAAAAGUGUUGACUCUGGGAAUCGAACGCGCGUCUGAUGACAGUUAUCUGAACACGCACCUGUCACAGCGGCUUUGACUGACGGUGUUUCCCCGCUGGAUCGAACCAUCGCCAAGCGUUUCCAUGGUGAUCACGUCAUCCUCAUCCGUGGAGGACAAACCUGCGCCCUCAUGCAGGAUGGUCCAGACCGAACCCUGGAUCAGCACCGGCCUGCUGCGGAAGAACAAGAGUGUUAGCAGCUCAGGAUGUCCGCCCACCUCCUCCUCCUCCUCCUCCUCCUCCUCCUCCUCCUCCACUGCCCAGGGCUUCUCCCUCGCUGAGCCAGCCAUGACCAGCCAGCACACACAUACACACCCCUCCUUCAGCUCCAUCCACUCCAUGGCCGAGCAGCAGCAGGUGCUAUCUGAUAUGACCAUACUCCAGCGGAGGAUCCCCCCCAGUUUCCGAGACCCUGCCAGCGCCCCCCUGAGGAAACUCUCUGUAGACCUCAUCAAAACUUACAAGCACAUCAAUGAGGUGUACUAUACUAAGAAGAAGCGGCGUGCCCAGCAGGUCCCUCCAGAGGACAGCAGCACCAAGAAGGAGAGGAAGGUCUACAACGAUGGCUACGACGACGACAACUACGACUACAUUGUCAAAAAUGGAGAAAAGUGGCUGGACCGCUAUGAGAUCGACUCGCUGAUCGGGAAGGGCUCCUUCGGACAGGUGGUGAAAGCCUACGACCACCACGAGCAGGAGUGGGUUGCCAUCAAGAUCAUAAAGAACAAAAAGGCUUUUCUAAACCAGGCUCAGAUUGAACUUCGCCUGCUGGAGCUCAUGAACAAGCAUGACACUGAGAUGAAAUAUUACAUAGUCCACCUGAAGCGUCACUUUAUGUUUAGGAACCAUCUGUGUUUGGUGUUUGAGUUGUUGAGCUACAACCUGUACGAUCUGCUGAGGAACACCAACUUCAGAGGAGUCUCCCUCAACCUCACCAGGAAGUUUGCACAGCAGCUCUGCACAGCGUUAUUAUUCCUGGCCACACCUGAGCUGUCAAUCAUCCACUGCGACCUGAAACCAGAGAACAUCCUGCUGUGUAACCCCAAAAGAUCUGCCAUCAAGAUCGUCGACUUCGGAUCCUCCUGUCAGCUCGGACAGAGGAUCUAUCAGUACAUCCAGAGCAGGUUCUACCGCUCUCCGGAGGUGCUGCUGGGGAUGCCGUAUGACCUGGCCAUCGACAUGUGGUCUCUGGGCUGCAUCCUGGUGGAGAUGCACACAGGAGAGCCUCUGUUCAGCGGCUCCAACGAGGUCGACCAGAUGAAUAAAAUAGUGGAGGUGUUGGGGGUUCCUCCCAGCCACAUGCUGGACGCUGCUCCUAAAGCCAGGAAGUAUUUUGACAAACUGUCGGACGGUCUGUGGACGGUCAAGAAGAACAAAGACAUCAAGAAGGAGUACAAGCCCCCGGCCACGCGGCGUCUUCAUGAGAUUUUGGGGGUGGAGACCGGGGGUCCAGGGGGACGGAGAGCAGGAGAACCAGGACACGCCCCCUGUGACUACCUGAAGUUCAAAGACCUGAUCCUGCGCAUGCUGGACUAUGACCCCAAAAGCCGCAUCACCCCGUUCUACGCCCUGCAGCACAACUUCUUCAAGAAGACGACAGACGAAGGAACCAACACCAGUUCAUCCACAUCCACCUCUCCUGCCAUGGACCACUCCCACUCCACCUCCACCACCAGCUCCGUCUCCAGCUCCGGUGGCUCCAGUGGUUCUUCCAAUGACAACCGUAACUACCGCUACAGUAACCGCUACUACAACUCUGCUGUUACACAUUCAGACUAUGAGAUGACCAGCCCUCAGGCUCCCGCCCAGCAGCAGAUGAGGAUGUGGCCGGGCAGUGAAGGUGGAGGUGGGGGUCAGGACCCAGCAUACACCCAGUUGCUGCUCCACAAGCCGGCCGCCUCCCAGCAACACCAGCGCCACUUCCUGGACCAGCCCCACCACCCCCACCCCACCUACUCCCACCACGGGAAUGGUGGGCGUGGCCUGCGGCAGAGCGGGCAGACGGGCAUCGGCGGUGGGGGGGGCCAGCAGGGAUCCUCGCCCCAGAUGAGUGACAGCAUGGAUGUGGGCGUGUCCCUCGGGCUGCACCACCUCGGGGCGGUGUCUUCCAUGGAGGCGUCUCAGUUCGGCUCGGCCUCGCUGCCCCUCGCUCUGCCCAUCGGACUGUCCGCCUUCCGGACUCGGACGGCCCCCACCGCCCCGGGGCCGCAAGCCCCGCCCCCCGAGGACUACUACCCCGCCUCCAACAACAAUAACCCCGCCGCGGGGGGCCGAGGGAGGCCGGACUCAGACGAGGGGCCGGCCAACUCUUGAUAAAACCUGAACCAUGCCCUAAAGCCAUACGAUUUUAACUACAACUACUACGAGUCCACACACACGCCGAGUCAGAGACUCGAGGAGAACUGAUGCUGCAGGAGACAGUUUGUACUGCAUGAGAGGAGGAGGAGGAGGAGGAAGAGGAGGAGGAGGAGGAGGAGCAGGAUCGGGAGCAGAGGAGGAUGCUGGGAAAACUCUCCUUUAUCUGGUUUUAGUUUGUUGUCUUCUGUUGGGCUGGAGAGGAUGAUUGUGACGAGUUUGUUUUUAUUCAUAUUAUUAUUAUUGUUGUUUAAUAUUCUGAGUUUCUCUCCGCUGUGAGGAGGCGUGUGUUCUUUGGUUGUUGUUUGAAGCCUGGAGAGGAGGAGGAGGAGGAGGAAGAGGGGGCGAGGGAGGAGCCGUGUUCACCGUCACACUGGUUCAUAUUACUGCAGUCUUAACACACACACACACACACACACACACACACACACACACACACACACACACACACACACACACACACACACACACACACACACAUAUACACAUACACAUACACAUGAAGGAGACAGCGCCGUGUGGUUCAGGACUUCUUCUUCUGCGUGUCCUCCCUCUGGCGGGGGGAGCGGGGGAGGAGGUGGAGGGAAGAGGAGGUGACAGGACACUGAAGCCCUCCGUGCGCUCACACAGAUCUCCUCCUCCUCCUCCUCGUCCUCCCCGCUCCUCCUCUCUUCCUCCUCUCCUCCUCCUCCUCCUCCUCCGGCUGCGUUCCUCCUCCAGACAGCUCCUCCUCUCUGUGCUGCUAAUCACCAUGACAACUGGUCCGGAUUGCUGCUAAAGAUCCAACACAGAUCAAUAAAGAAAUAAAAGAAAUAGAAACAGAAUAAAAACUUUUUAACCCUUCUGCUUAAGAGAAAAGGAUAAAGUAAGAA